AUUAAUGAAAUAAUAUUGAAUAAACAAUUUGAAUCUCUCUGUGUGUGAGGUCUAAUUUGAAACGCAUUCUAAAAAUCCCUAUCAUUUCUUCCGAUCAGCAGACCCAUCUUCCCCAUUUCUCUCUCUCUGGCUUUCUUUCUCUCUGUGGUUCUGGUUCUGGUUCUGGUUCAUAGGAGCAGCAUCGAUUCAAUCGGAGAAACAAAAGAAUUAGGGAGCGAUGGGAUUCGAGAAAGAAGCGAGCUCAUCCUCCCAUGGCCUCCCCGGACCUAUUCCCAGGGAAGACACCCCACUCAUCGCCGCUUCUCCGUCCCUCUCCUCCCAACCCAAGACCUUCGCCAACGUCUUCAUCGCCAUCGUCGGCUCCGGCGUCCUCGGCCUCCCCUACACCUUCAAGAAGACCGGAUGGGUCUUCGGCGCCCUCAUGCUCUUCUCCGUCGCCGCUCUCACCUACCACUGCAUGCUCCUCCUCGUCCGCACCCGCCGCCACCUCGAAUCCCUCAAUGCCUCCUUCGCCAAGACCAAGAUCUCCUCCUUCGGCGACCUCGGCUUUGCCGUCUGCGGCCCCGUCGGCCGCUUUGCCGUCGACGCCAUGAUCGUCCUUUCCCAGGCCGGCUUCUGCGUCUCCUACCUCCUCUUCAUUGCACACACCCUUGCUUAUCUCUUCAAUUACUCCCCCAGCGACCCCAAUCCUAGAAUUUGGGGUUUUUUCAGCCCCAAAUCCUUUUACAUCUGGGGCUGCUUCCCCUUCCAAUUAGGGUUAAAUUCAAUCCCUACGCUAACCCAUAUGGCCCCUUUGAGCAUCUUCGCGGACGUCGUUGACCUCGGAGCCAUGGGCGUGGUUAUGGUCGAGGAAGUAGGCAUCUUCUUGAGGGAUAGGCCGCCUCUGCACGCUUUCGGAAGCAUAUCCGUCUUCUUCUACGGCAUCGGCGUCGCUGUGUACGCCUUCGAAGGUAUCGGAAUGGUUCUGCCGCUGGAAUCCGAAACCAAAGACAAGGACAAGUUUGGGAGAAUCCUGGGUCUGUCGAUGGUGUUCAUUUCCUUGAUGUACGCGGCAUUUGGAAUCCUGGGCUAUUUCGCAUUCGGCGAGGAAACCAAAGAUAUAAUCACGACCAAUUUCGGGCGGGGGCUAGUGAGCUACGUCGUGCAGUUGGGGCUGUGCGUGAACCUGUUCUUCACGUUUCCAUUGAUGAUGAACCCGGUGUACGAGGUGGCGGAGCGGCGAUUCUGCGGGGGGCGGUACAGUUUGUGGAUGAGGUGGGCGGUGGUGUUGGGGGUGAGCCUGGUGGCUCUGCUGGUCCCAAACUUCGCGGAUUUCUUGUCGCUGGUGGGGAGCAGCGUGUGCUGCGUUCUGGGGUUUGUGCUGCCGUCGCUGUUUCACUGGAUGGUGUUCAGGGAGGAGAUGGAGUGGAAGGCGGCCGCCGUGGACGGGGUGGUUGUGGCUUUGGGCUUGGUCAUCGGCGUCUCCGGCACUUUGUCUUCCCUGUCGGAAAUUUUUGCAGUCAAGGCCUGAUGAUUGACUGAUAAUGCCAAUUAAAUUGAAAAAAAUUUAUUGGAGAUUUCUUCUGUGUUAUGUCCUCUCUGUGUGGUUCUGGCGAUCAUGGACUUUUUCUGUAAACAAUUGUUUUCUUUUUUUUGGCCGACUGAUCAUCAUAUAUGUUCAUAAUUGAUGGCUCUUUCUUCUCCAAUGCAUCCAUAGAUUUGAUGCAUACGUAUUUUAACAUUUUGGUUAAACUGGAAAA